AUGCCAUCCAACAAAGAUCGUCUCUAUGUUGCUCUCUAUGCUCGUGGAGGUAGUCCUACAAUGCCAGGCAAGGAAGACACAUAUCACUGGGCCUUGCUUGUGGGACCAAAGGUCGAAGCAGAGGAUGGUAUGGGUGUCCGUUACCACGCAAAGGAGCGGCCAGGGUUGGGAGGAGGGUCGGAAUGGUUCUUUGAGGAGCGCGAGUGUCUACUUGUCCCUACUAGCAUGCUGCUUAUUCGCAUCAUGGUGGGAAAGGUAGCGGAUAAAAAUCGCCUAGUCGAAAUUCUGCGGAAUACUCCUAUUCGGCAAGGUCAACCAGGUUGGAACUGUGUCUUCUGGGUAAAAGAGGCAUUGGAAACGCUUAAGCUCGAUCCCAAGGCGUUAGGCACAAGCGUUGUUGAGUGGGAAAAGGUGCGCAACAAGGCGAUGGAUUAUUGUCAGCAGAAGAAAGACCAGCACCGUUUUGAUGGCCAGGGCAAUUUUAAUAUGCGAAAGGUUCCAACUUAUGACUUAAUGGAGCGGAAGGAGAUCAUUAUAUGA